CAACGCCAUGCGCACUCGAGUAAUUGCCAAGCGUCCGCACAACCAUCGAUCAAUGCUGCAGCCCUCGGUCUACGAGAUGAAGACGUCUAUUUCGCAUGUGGCGACGGCGCCCGAGCACCACGCCCAGUACGUCGUGCGCGUCGCCGAUCCACGCACCGAGACCACUGCGUGGUUCCUCUACAAGCGCUACUCGGAGUUCCGCGGCCUCCGCGACGCGCUCUCGCAGUUGCACUUGUGUCCGCACUGCGAUCGCGCGACGCAAGCCAUCACCAAGCAGUUCCCGCGCCGCCACCUUUUUUCAUCCACGUCCGAGCGCGUGCUCGAAGAUCGCAAGGUGCGCCUGCACCACUUUCUCGAGGCCUUGGCCGUGGCCGCCGGGCGGUGCGUUGACGCCGCAUGUGUCCUCCGCGGGCAGUGGCAAAGCUUCCUCGACGUACCCGACCUCAAGCAGCACAAAGGCGCGCGCAUCUCUGCGGCCGCCGUCGCCCCGACAUCGCUGCUCGAGUUUAGCAGUCGGAAGGACCGCCAUGGCCGCCUCGUGCUCUAUCGCGCGAGUGAGGCGAAGCGGCUCUCGGGCGAGCGCCCCGUGUCGCCUGUGCCGUCCAGCGCCAGCGACGUGUGCAUCGUGCGACCGCGAAUGCUCGUUUAGAGCGCGCAACGUCGCCAACUAGAAGUAGUCGACGACGGUCGACGGGCGCUGGCCGGUGGAAGUCAGCGUCGCGGACCGUCCUAUAAGUUAAGACAUUGUGUCAAGCGAUAAGCAAUCCAUCGUAGUUGCGUGCAUAUGCCA